AUGGCAAGAACAAUGUUGAUUGACAGUGGACUUGCAAAGAACUUUUGGACUGAAGCUGUCAACACUGCCAUCUACUUAGUGAACAGAGGCACCAUUAGGUCUCUCCUCUAUCUCACUGCCAGUCGACCUGAUAUUGUUUUCAACAUGGGGCUGUGUGUGAGGUUUCCAUCAAAUUCCAAGGAAUCUCACUUGAAGGCUACCAAAAGAAUGCUGAGAUCUCUCAAAGGAAUGCAGGACCUGGUGCUAUAUUAUCCAUCAGGUGAUAGUUUUAAUCUGAUUCGGAUCAUGUCUUAUCUAUGGGGUACAAGGAAGCAAAAUUCAGUGGCUCUUUCAACAGCUGAAACUAAAUAUAUAGUUGCAGCAUCCUACUAUGCUCAGCUUCUGUGGAUCAAGCAGCAAUUGGAGGAUUUUAGGGUAAACAUGCAUGAUGAGCAUAGAAGCGAUAGAUGUAGUGCAUGA